GUACGUGUCAAUUGUGCGUGAGUGCUUUGGAGCCUUUGUGCAUCUCUUCACCAACAGGAAUGUUUGGGCGGUGUUCUAGACGUCCCGUAUACAUGGAAACGGCUGCAAAGGCUGGCCAGGGUCAAUCGCGCGGAUGACGCUAGGGGAAGCUCGGACCACGACUUCAACUUUCUCGAGCAGACGCGGCUUGCGACACCCAGAGCCGACCACCCAGUCGCUCUCUUCUCAUGUCGACACGCCGAAAUGACCAGCAUUGACGACCUCUUCAAGGGCACCAGCUCGGCGAUCAAGCGCAAAUUCGAGAACCCGUCCGAAGCCGAUCCCACGCAAGCAUUCAAGUCGGCGAAACUCAGCUCGAACAGCGAUGCCAAGCGACCCGCACAUGCCUAUGUGGCAGAAGAGGACGACGAUGAGGAAGCCGGCCCUUCCUUGCCUCCAGAUUUUGGCGACGAAGAGGGCGACGACGAGGAUGGCCGCUUCUUCGGCGGCGGAAUCGAUGAGGACGCAAAAGAUGCCUUGGACUACCUGGACGCACAAGACGGGGAGGAAGCGAUAGGCGAAGAAAGAUACGACUCAUCAUGGCUGCGGAAAAUGGCGGUCAACUUCGAGAAGAAGGUCAGCAAGAACGCAUCGUUGCGUGCAAAGUACGAGGACGACCCGUCCAAGUUCAUGGAGUCGGAGGGCGACCUGGACGAGAGCAUCAAGGGCCUCAGCAUACUAUCAGAGCACUCCGAACUCUACGAGGAGUUCGCCAGGAGCUCAGCAGCGACAAAGCUGGUGGAAUUGCUAGCGCACGAUAACACGGACAUCGCGAUUGCCGCCAUCGAGAUGAUCUCGGAGCUCACAGACGAAGAUGUCGAGGCGGAACAGGAGCAGUGGGAUGCGCUUGUAUCGGCGUUCCUCGAGGCAGACCUCCUGGGUCUCCUCAUCUCCAAUUUCGGCCGCUUCGACGAGAGCAAUGCGGAGGAUGCAUCGGGCGUGUACCAUUCACUCAGCGUUAUCGAGGCACUCCUAUCGCAACCCGCAAAUACAGAUCUCGUUGGAAAAGAGAAGAAAUUGCUGGAUUGGCUGCUCAACCGGAUACAACAAUCCGAAAAAUCCACGACGCAAAACAAGCAAUACGCAUCCGAGAUCCUCUCCAUCCUUACCCAAUCCUCGCGGCCAAACCGCAAGCGCGUAACCGAAUCGAACGGCGUCGACAUCUUCCUCACACAGCUCGCGCCUUAUCGACGAAGUGACCCCGAGAAGGAGAGCGCGGAGGAAGAAUACAUGGAGAAUUUGUUCAACUGCCUGACCUCUUUGGUUGACGAACCAGAAGGGAAGAUGAAGCUCAUGGACGCAGAAGGCGUGGAGCUGUGUCUACUCAUGGUAAGAGACGGCAAGACAAGCAAAAGCAGAUCACUCAAGGUCUUGGAUCAUGCCAGUGGAUACGCGGAAUCAACGCCGUCCGAAGAGGCGCAGACCAAUGGUGAUAGCUCCAAAGCCAAGGGCAAGCAGGCCGUGGAGAGCCCGUCCAACACUGCAGCUCCGGUCUGCGAGAAGAUUGUCGAAGCGCGAGGCCUCAAACCCAUCUUCAGCACCUUUAUGAAAACCAAGAAACCCGAUCCCGAGACGACCGAACACAUUCUUGGUAUCUUCGCUUCCUUACUCCGCUCAUUACCUGCCAAUACCGACAGCCGCUUCCGCGUUCUUGCCAAAUUCCUCGAGAAAGACUACGAGAAGGUUGAUAAACUUGUAGCCCUGCGCAGAGACUACGCUGCGCGCGUGGCCGCCUUCGAUGCCAAGCUCAAGGACCGGAAACGGGGGUUGUCCAAAGAAGAGCAGGAAGAACUCGACGUGGAGAACAUACCCGCACGGCUUGACGAAGGGCUGUAUUGCUUGGAGCGUGUAGACGCAAUCCUUGCCUGGCUGGUAGCUGAAGACGACGGGGCAAAGAAAGCUAUUGUGAAGGCGCUUGGGGUGCGCGAUGAGAGCUUGAAGGACGUCAAGAAGACGCUACAAGCACAACUGAAUGGCGUUUUGGAAGUGGAACCUGCUGAGCGGGAGAUGCUGGAGACAUUGAUGGCGUUCCUGCAGUGAACGCUCAAGCAUCCGCGAUCAUCUCGUUUUGGUAAUUUGUGCGAGUAGUCAUUGUACCAUAGCCGAGGCAGCACAUGCGCGUCGCGGACACAUCGAUGCAAAAUUUAAUGAGCAUCUUUGAGAGCCACAAUUAAUCGCCCUCCGUCGAAAGCUCUAGAGGCUAAGCAUGGAUAUAGUUCUCCGCCUCGCAGGUAUGCGACUAGCCCGAGCCUGGAG